AUGUCGAGCUCAGAUGCCACCAAAGAGUACUUGCCCCAGGAAAUUGAAAGCCUGCUCGUGCAAGACCAGAGAGCGACCCUGGCUGAGUCUAGGAAGCGCAUGCGGCAGGCCUCGUCUGCAUCACUUGCCUCCACAUCUUCAGAUUUCUUAGCCGUCAAAAUAGAUGCACUUGUGUCUGAGGUUAACCAUAUCGAGGACUGUAAGACGGCAAUUCAUGGUUUGUCGCAUCUUAGACGCCUCCCACCUCUUGUUGCGUCGGAAAGACUAAAGAGCCUCGCUCUCGCGUCUACCCCUCUUAACGACGAAAUCCGGGUUAUAAAACGCCAAAGGAGGCUUAUCCAAGAGGACAUGGAAGAAGCGAUGCCUAGAUAUAAAGACCUUGAGUCUGCAUAUAUCGACGCGAUGGUGUCCAAGGUUGCCACAGCAUCGGGCAAUCAGUCAAAGUAUAAGUUCAAGGCAAAUAAAUUUCGGGUUGCGGUGGAAGAAUUCUAUGAAGCUUCAAAGAUGGAAGGAGCUGACGAGUUUAAAAAACUCGCGCACUGCCACGUUCUUGGGUGGUUUCUAUCAAAAGAUGUGAGAGCAGCACAUCUAGUUCCAAAGAGUCUUGAUGAAUGCUCCGUCGCACACCUAUUUGGAGCUGGGACCAUUACUAUUGACGAUCCAAGAAACAGCUUGAUGUUGCACCAGCAUAUCGAAAUGGCAAUGGAUAAGGGCAGCAUUGUCAUUGUUCCACUAAAGGCACCUGAGGCAAGGGAAAUGGUCAAGUGGAAGGUCCUCGUUACCGACCCUACUCUUCUUAACCACAUCAUAUUACCUAAAGUCAAGUGGAAAGAUAUACACGGCAAGACUUUGACUUUCCUUGGGCACAAUCGCCCAGCCAAAAGAUACCUCUACUUUAGAUAUGUUAUGACAUAUCUUAUGUUAAAAAACAAGGGCAGAUUGGACUGGGCCCAGGAGGUUGAGACAGGGAAGUGUAUGUGGGCUACCCCUGGCAAGUAUCUACGCCGCUCAAUGCUGGUAAACCUCGCUCGACGCGUGUCCGACCAUUACCUCCCCGAGGUAUUCUACAACACUACCACAUUCGACGUGUCAGAUAAUGGCACAGAUGCGCAGGAAACCGAAGACUCCCUAGCUAUUAUCCUCGCGAAUAACAUGCUUACUCACCACAAAGAGAAAGAGGAUGAGGAUGAGGAUGAUGAAGAUGAUGACAAAGAACCUAAAGAGUAA